AAUAUAACCACCUUGCAUUUCAGCGGUCAAAUUAAUCUCUCUCUCUCUCUCUCUCUCUCUCCUCUGUGCGUGUCGAACGCUGGUUAACUUUAGUUAAAACCACGAGAACUAUUCGAUAAUCCAGCUUCAGCUCCGGCGACCGGAUCUGUAUCCGGCGGCUCUACUCGCCGAUACACGGUAUAAGCUCAUCUCUUGUGAUGGACACGGCGUAAAUGCUAUUGUACCGUUCUCAUUCAGUCUCGUCUCUCCAAAUUCUGUUGCUUUUUUGCUGAUCUUAGUGGGGAGGAUUAGGAAGUUUGCGCCCAGUGCAUUUUAUACGUAUGUAUAUAUACACAUGAUUUUGCGCUCGUUUGGUGUCAUUUUGAUCUCUCAAUUUAAUUUCUUUUCCCUGCGUUGCGAUCAAUUGGAUUCUUGUGACUUCUGAGAUUGGUUGAAAGAAGAAGCCUAUCUGAUUUUAUUUUUUCAUCAGUUGAUGAGCUGUAAAUUAGCUCAACUUUGUGAGAAUUAAUGACUUGUGAUCAUUAAUUUUAUGUAAUUUUAUCUUUUCACCGCUGCCACAUAAAGUUGACUUCUCUGUGCAAUAGAACUGGUUCGUGUUUGUUAGAAUAGGCUGUUUUUAAGAACUUUUGUGUGAAAUGAGCAUUGCCAGACAGAAAAUGAAGGCGGUGAAGAGAAAAGUUGGAAAAUAUGAACUUGGAAGAACCAUUGGAGAGGGAACUUUUGCAAAAGUUAAGUUUGCGCAGAACACGGAGACGGGUGACAAUGUGGCCAUCAAAAUCUUGGCCAAGAGUACUAUUCUCAAGCACAAAAUGGUCGAUCAGAUAAAACGGGAGAUCUCAAUAAUGAAGAUUGUCAGGCAUCCUUGUAUAGUUAGGCUGCAUGAGGUUUUAGCCAGUCAGUCAAAGAUAUACAUAGUUCUGGAGUUUGUGACUGGCGGAGAACUUUUUGAUAAAAUUGUUCACCAUGGUAGGCUUUCUGAGAAUGAAUCAAGAAGAUACUUUCAACAACUCAUUGACGUAGUUUCACAUUGCCAUAGUAAGGGUGUGUAUCACCGUGAUUUAAAGCCUGAAAAUCUGCUCCUUGAUUCCCAAGGAAAGUUGAAGGUUUCCGAUUUUGGACUGAGUGCAUUACCUAAAAAAGGUGUUGAUCUUCUUCAUACAACUUGUGGGACUCCAAAUUACGUUGCACCUGAGGUACUAAGCAACCGAGGUUAUGAUGGUGCAGCUGCUGAUAUUUGGUCAUGCGGCGUGAUCCUUUAUGUUUUAAUGGCAGGAUAUUUACCAUUUGAGGAGACUGACCUUCCCUCCUUAUAUAACAAGAUUAAUGCUGCACAGUUCUCAUGUCCAUUUUGGUUUUCUGUCGGUGCAACAUCAUUGAUACAUAAGAUCCUUGACCCAAAUCCUGAAACGCGGAUUAAAAUUGAAGGAAUAAAACGAGACCCAUGGUUCCAAAAAUAUUACAUCCCUGUCAGACCCAGAGAAGAUGAAGUAGUGAAUCUGGAUGAUGUUCGAGCUGUUUUUGAUGACAUUGAGGAUAAAUAUGUUAAUGAGGAAUCUCGAAAUGAGGAUGGUGGUCCUUUGAUAAUGAAUGCGUUUGAAAUGAUUACCCUUUCACAAGGUUUGAACUUAUCAGCCUUGUUUGACAGGCGUCAGGAUUAUGUCAAACGGCAGACUCGUUUUGUUUCACGACAACCUGCAAAAGUUAUAAUUUCAGCAAUUGAGGCAGCUGCUAGCUCAAUGGGACUCAAGGUUCACACAAGAAGUUACAAGACAAGACUCGAGGGCGUAUCUGCUAAUAAAACCAGUCAAUUUGCUGUGGUGCUGGAGGUGUACGAAGUUGCAUCAUCUCUUUUCAUGGUGGAUGUCCGUAAGGCCGCUGGAGACACACUGGAAUACCACAAGGUCACACUGUGUUUUACCAUUCUAAACGGAGUCCUGCUCCAUGCAGCGCCAAAUGAUCAAGUAUUCACCCUUUUUGUUUCAUUAUCUUCUGCAGUUUUACAAGAAUUUGUGCGCGAAGAUCGAUCAUAUCAUUUGGAGACCAAAGGAAGGUAGUCCUGAUCCGGCUUUUCUUAGAACGAUGACUUGUUGAUUUAGAUUCGAGGUACUAAGCAAAUCACUCAGCAAAGCAAUAGAAAAAUCCUUCGUAGACGAAGGGGUUGGGCGUUAUGUGCUGUAAGUAACUCUGUUUUCGGAAGCAAAUUGCAUAAUCUUGAGCUAUUUUACUUAGAAAGCAAUAAAACCUUAGUUUAGAUACCAUCAAAAUCAUUGUUGUUAUCUAUGAUGGUAUGUAUGAGAUCUUCUUGUGUGUGGGAAGAUUAGGUUGGAUGUAUAUUUAUAUAUGAGAUAAAUUAUGUUGUAAGCUGAUGUACAGUUGAUAAAUAUAGGAAAGUUUCGUAUUACUUACUA